GAUGUUCAUUGAGGUUUUAUGAUAAGAAGAAGAGAAAUGUAAACCUUGGUCAACUCCUCUGACUGAUGAAGACAUUCUUAGGUUUGCUUCAGUGCAUAGCUGCAAAAUGCCGAAUCUGACUGAAUAUCCAGGCAAUGCAACUUCCAGCAGAAGCCUGUCUGUGAUCAUCAAGGUGUGUGUGGUGAUUCCCGUCUUCUGUGUCUUCUUCUGCUGCAUUAUUGUCAUGCUGCACAUCUUUGCAUCUCACAGGCAGUUCCUGGACACAUCACGUUACAUCCUGUUUGCCUACAUGCUGAUCAAUGACACUGUCCAGCUUUUGUUCUCUGUGCUGCUCUUCCUCUUUGUCAUGGGCAGAGUAAAAUUUGCCAUUGUCUACUGUGUUCCUCUGUUGUUUGUUUCCACUGCCACCUUCCAGAACACACCUUUAAUUCUUGCCACAAUGUCACUGGAGCGUUAUGUUGCCAUCUUCUAUCCCCUGCAGCGCCCGGCCGCCUGGCGCUCAGACCGUAUCUGGAUCAUUAUUCUGUCCCUGUGGCUCAUCAGCUGUAUCUUCCCUGUGAUUCACUACUCCAUCGGGGAGAUUGACCCUGCUGUGGAUAUCCUCUCUACCCCUAAAAAAGGUAAUUGCCUGGUGGGCUGGAUCAAACAGUCUCACAGGCCACAUACAACCCAUAAGCCAGAUGUCCCUGACCCCUCUUGA